AUGGCAGAAAAGGAAUAGAAAAAAAAUAUCAAGCCUGCAAUGUUAAAUAUGAAAAACUUUUAAAUUGCUGUGGGGGCCACAUUAAUUCUUUAACCUUUAGAAGUUUUACAAACAUCAAUGAUUGCAACAGGCUAUUCAAAACAAAAUAUCAAUUUCAAAGGUUUAUCUCUAAUUGCCUCCUAAAUUUAUAAUCAAGAAGGAUUAAGAGGCUUUUAUAGAGGGACUAUUUUAUCAAUAGCAAAAAAUACAGUAUCUUUUUCAUUUUUUUUCUCAGGCAUAGAGAAAUAUAGGUAAUUUAUGAUAAUUAUAAAGAGCCCACCAUCCCAUUAUCCAAUCUAUUUAUAAAGUUUUCUAAAUUUAAUGAUUGCUUCAUCAAGCAAAUUAGUGGGCACGGUAGCUUCAACACCAUUGGCUGUAAUGAGAACGAAAAUGUAAAUUGUAGGCAACUAUGAAUACAGCAAAAUUAAUAAAUGUUUCUUAAAAAUAGCAAAAGAAGAAGGCUUUUUUGGUUUUUACAGAGUAUUAAUCAUUUUAAUAUUAAGGGUACGAUUGCUGCAAUUUUGAAAGAUGUACCUUUUUCAGGAAUUUAAUAUACAAUUUAUCGGAAUUUAUUAAAUUUAAGUGGUUUAUUUACAAAAGGUUAAGACCCAAAAAACAACUCAAUUAUAGUAGCAAUUUGUGGUUCAAGUGCGGCAAUGCUAGCUAUUAUGGUUACAUACCCAUUUGAUAACUUAAGAAUAAGAUAGUAGGCAUAAAAUAAGAGUGUAAUUAAGUUUAGUUAACAUAGAGUAAUUUACUUAAGUUAGCAAAAACCAUAAAAGUGACUGAAGGUCUUAAAGGGUUUUAUUAAGGUUAUUUACCCAGAUUAAUAAAAAAAUGUAUAUAAAGUGGAGUUCUAUGGAUGGUAUAUGAAAAAUUAGCUUUGAAAUAGAAAAAAAAAAGUAUGGAUUAAUGA